UUCAUUCGCUUUUAAGUUUUUGCAGUGUUAAGACAUUGAGGAAGAAAGAAAAUUAUCAAAAAAAGUUUGUUGGUGCUGGCGAGAAAAAAAAAGAAGACCGAAGAGAAAACUUUUUUUUUUGUUAUUUUCCGAGAAAAGAAUAAAAAGUUCCAAUUUAAGAAGCUAGCGUGAAGAAGGAAAGGAAUUAUUUUUUAAUGAAAAGUUGAGCAUAAAAAAUAAUUAAAUUCAAUACUGAGUCAGUUAAUAUUUUCGAGAUCAAAGAUAAUUUUAUUUUUUCUCAUCUGUCAGAGAUAAAGGAUGUCGAUACUUUAUUGUUACUGUUUCUUGCAAUUGUUUUUCACUACAAUCUAUGGAUUAGAUACGACAACCAUUAUACCAGAUGAAGACUAUAGUAUUGAGAUAAUUGAAGAAUACACAACAGCAGUUAAUGAUUUUUUGAUAGACGAAGAUGAUGAAACAGCCACAACAACAGAGAAUUAUGAAGACGACUUAAGAAUUUUAAAUAAGGAUUUCGAUAAAUUGGGAAGGAUUUACGUUUCACAAUAUUACUCAUUAUUCGAUGAUCCCAAAAAGCGUCUAUCACUCGUCGCAUUAUAUCAUCCGGACGACUCAUUCAUGACAUUCGAGGGCGAACGAUAUCGAGGAACAAAGAAAAUCUUGGAAAAAUUUCAAAAGUUGAAAUUAAAAAAUCUCCAAAGAAAUAUUUCAUCAAUUGACACUCAACCUCUGCAUGAUGGAGGCGUCGUCAUAAAAGUCAUCGGGAAAAUCCAUGAAAAUACGAAACCGGAUCAUCUUUAUACACAGACAUUCAUUUACAAGCCACAAAAGGGUAGCUUCUUCCUACAACAUGAUAUAUUUCGUGUGAUUCGUCCAUAAACCAUGUCAUAUUAUGUGAAGAACCAUAAAGUGCUGCUUAAUUUAUUAGGAAUUAUAUUGUAAUGAAACAUUUUAUGAAUCCUUAAUCAUGUGAAUGUGUCAUGAGAAUAUUAUCUUUUUGUUUAACAUUACAAUACAAAUGCAGUAUGUCCAUAAAAUAUAAAUAAAAUUGUGUGUCUAUGUGUUUGGCAUAAAAUUUAUUCUCAUCAAAUGCUUCAUCAUAUUUCCAUCACAUUGUACGCUUGUGAACCUCUCUAUUCAUCCUGGGAGGUUACUGACCAUUAUGAUAUUUUAUGAAGUGCUUUAUGUCAUUAAAAUAAAAGUUGCAGAGGUG